UUUUUUCCCCUAAAUCAUUUUGCUGAGUCUGUGUGAAAAUGCCCCAGAAAGCAGCAAAACUUGUCAAGGCACUCCCAGGGCCGGGGCUCACUUGGAACAGCAUCUCCAAAGGCAGGGACCCUCCCUGGAGCACGGGCCCUGACAACCUCAGGGUCCUGCCACUUCUGUGUGUCCCCCCAAACUGGGGGACAGUUGGGCUGGGUGCUCUUGAAGGUCUCUUCCCACCGUGAUGAUUCCAUGAUUCCACUUGGAUUUGUGUUCCCAGCUGGCACCCAGGUGGCCCCAUUUCAUCCCAACCCCGAUGUUCAGCAAGACUCUGGGGGGUUUUGGUGGUUUAUGGGUCCCCAUCCUCAUUUGUGGGGAUGUUAUUUUUGUUUAGGUCCAGGCUCCUGGGACAGAGGUUCCAGGUGUGGGUAAAGCCCCCUAAGGAGGGGAGCAAGUCCCAUCUAAGCACCCCAAACGCCACAGCCCCUGGCAGGGACCUCCUCCCCUAGCUCCUGGCCUAAGAUCACUUUGGAUUUAUGUUCAUAUUGAAGCAAAUUUGAAUUAAUUGGAGCACGAGACAAAGGGCCAUGUGGGAUUCUCCUGUGUCCAGUGCCAAACUCUGGCUUGGGAAAGCAGAACUGGUCACCUCAGCCUGGUGUUUCUCCUCCACAGCUUUGUCCUGUUCCCUUUUCAAAGCCCAGAGAAAUGCCAGAAGGGCAUUGGAGUUAAUGGGUGGGAGAGAGAGCCCAGAGGGGGAGCAGGGCUGAGCCAAAACCCAGAGCACAGGCUCGAAUCACAACCUGCCUGUUCCCUUAUCCAACCCUGUGCCUUGGCUUCCCCCAAAAUAAAAUAAUGGCAUGAAGGGGGCACAGUAAGACAGAAAUAACUUUAUUUUCUGGUGAGGUGCUUGGGGGAGGGGACAAGGACAAAGCAGCCUCCUCCAAGCUGGGACUCCCCCAGUGCAUUUGCCAGCAGUCUGCUCCCCCAAAAUCACCUCUAACCCUGGCCUGCAGGCAGGAGAGCAUCUUCCAUCAGGCAAAAUCAGCUCAGCCCUUGGCUCCCAGCACCGGGAUCGGGAGCUGUGUGGAAGCAGCAGCAAUUCCCCCACCCUUGAUUAAAACAGCACAGCCUGCGGAGCCAGGGCUGGGGGGACGCUGCUAAAUUGACUCUGUGCUUUUGAUGCAGCAGUUUAAUGACUGUGUUCAAAUUAGCCAGAAUCACCUUUCCAUCCUGGGGAAUGGAAAUGAGACGUGGAUUGCUCCAGCACACCCUCCCCCCAACGCCAGCCUCUUAAAAAUCCAUCCCCAACUAAACCAGCUGCAAUUUCCAUGCCUGGAUUUUUCAUCUUUUCCUAAGCAGAUAAGUUGAUAUUGUUUAAAACAGCAAUGAAAUUCCUUCCCAGCCACAUAAAUCUCCUGGUUUUAAGCGUGGAUCCAAGGCUGAGGCUGGGGGUGAAGCUCAAAUGGGAAAGCCCGAGCUGCGUGUGCCUGCAAUGAAAUUAUAAAUCCACAUCCCGGAGCAAGCGAGCAGCAGGAGGCACCAGGAACCUCCAUCAGCAGAAGCGCUGGGCUGCAGCAAGGGAUGGGAGUUGGGAGUGGAACCGACAAGGCUGGGAGAGCUGUUGGCAUUUCUCCUGACAAAAUCCUGCACAAAUGGAGCCAGUCCAGGUGAAACCACGGCAUUGGACCCACCUGGUGUUCAGUGCUGAGCCCCGUCCCUUCCCCUGAGUUCUGCCCUCAGUUUCCUCAGCUGUAAAGUGGAGAAGAUGCUGCCAAGCCCUGCUUGAAAAGCGCUGUCAGACCCAGCAAAUGUCACCGAAUGGCUCAGGUGGAGCUUGGUCAGCUGGCACACAGCACAUCAAAGGCACAGGACACUCUGCAUCUGAGGCCAGGGACCAGCAAGGCUGAGGCCAGCCUGGACUGACCAGUGAUGAGCGGAGAGGAGCAACAAUUCCACCCUGCAGGUCAGAGCCAAGGAGGGAAUUGGCCUCUGCCAUCCUCAAAGCCCAAUUAACCAAAUCACCACAGCCCAGGAGGCUUCUGCAGGAGGGAAGAGGAGCAAGAGGAGAACUCCAAUGAGGAAUGGGCAGUGAGGAGCCGAGGCUGGCUGUGCUGGACAGUUCACCAUUUGAACAUUCCCAGGCUCCAAUGCCUGAGCAGAUCCCAAUGUUGGAGCAGCCCUGGACCUGCAAAACGGCGCAUGGCAGAGCGGCAGUGAGCCCCUAGACCAUGCCCCACACAAUGACAUGGUGGCUCCCGCUGCUGCUCCUGCACGUGGUCCUGCUGUCCCCGCGGGCGGGCGCCUGCCCCGCGCGCUGCGAGUGCGCCCCGCAGCUGCGCUCGGUGCUGUGCCACCGCAAGCGCCUCACCGCCAUUCCCGAGGGCAUCCCCACCGAGACCAGGGUCCUGGAGCUCAACAAGAACCGCAUCCGCUGCCUCAACCCCGGGGACCUGGCGCCGUACCCGCUGCUGGAGGAGCUGGAUUUCAGUGAGAACAUCAUCUCCAAUGUGGAGCCCGGCGCCUUCAGCAACCUGUUCAACCUGCAGACCCUGCGGCUGCGGGGGAACCAGCUCAAGCUCAUCCCUCCGGGGGUCUUCACCAAGCUGACCAACCUGACCCUGCUGGACAUCAGCGAGAACAAGCUCGUCAUCCUGCUGGACUACAUGUUCCAGGACCUGCGCAACCUGAAGAGCCUGGAGGUGGGUGACAAUGACCUGGUGUACAUCUCCCAGCGCGCCUUCUCGGGGCUGCUGGGCCUGGAGCAGCUGACCAUUGAGAAGUGCAACCUGACCUCCAUCUCAGCUGAGUCGCUGUCCUACCUCCAGAACCUGGAGGUGCUGCGGCUCCGUCACCUCAGCAUCUCUGCACUGGAGGACCAGAACUUCAAGAAGCUCUACAAUCUCCUGCAGCUGGAGAUUGACAACUGGCCGCUGCUGGAGGAGGUGUCCCCCACCAGCUUCCAGGGCCUGAACCUCACCUCGCUGUCCAUCACCUACACCAACAUCACAGCCGUGCCCGCCGCUGCCUUGAGGAACUUGGUGUACCUGCGGUACCUCAACCUGUCCUACAACCCCAUUAGCACUGUGCUGAAGGGCUCCUUUAAAGACCUCAUCCGGCUCCAGGAGCUCCACAUCGUGGGCGCUCUCCUGGUGUCCGUGGAGCCGCAGGCUUUCUCCGGCCUGAGACAGAUCCGGCUGCUCAACCUCUCCAGCAACUUCCUGUCCACGCUGGAGGAGAGCACCUUCCACUCGGUCAACACGCUGGAGACGCUGCGGGUGGACAGGAACCCGCUGGCCUGCGACUGCCGGCUCCUCUGGAUCCUGCAGCGCCGGAAGACGCUCAACUUCGACGGGCAGCAGCCCAUGUGCUCCUCGCCGCCCGAAAUCCAGGGCAACGCCCUGCGCGACUUCCCGGACUCAGUGCUCUUCGAGUACUUCACGUGCCAGAAGCCCAAGAUCCGGGAUCGGAAGCUGCAGCACGUGACGGCACGGGAGGGGCAGUCCGUGUCCUUCCUGUGCCGGGCUGACGGGGAGCCCGACCCCUCCAUCACCUGGGUGUCCCCCCAGCACCGCAUGAUCACCACCCGCAGCACGGGGCGGGCCACGGUGCUGCCCGGGGGCACCCUGGAGAUCCGCUUUGCCCAGGUGCAGGACAGUGGCACCUACAUCUGCAUCGCCAGCAACGCCGGCGGCAACGACACCUACUUCGCCACACUGACGGUCAAGGGGCGCCCGGCCGAUGGCGCCCACCACGCCAACCGGACUUUGUACCUCAGCGACUUCAACGACACCUUCCACAACGACACCCAGGUCUUCUUGAAGUUCACCUUGGACCUCAAGACCAUCCUGGUCUCCACGGCCAUGGGCUGCAUCACCUUCCUGGGUGUGGUGCUCUUCUGCUUCCUCCUGCUCUUCGUCUGGAGCCGUGGCCGGGGGCAGCACAAGAACAACUUCUCUGUGGAAUAUUCCUUCCGCAAGGUGGACGGUCCCACCACCACCACCGGCCAAGGAGGGGCCAGGAAGUUCAACAUGAAGAUGAUCUGAGCCUCUCCCAGAGGAGAACCGUUGUCUGCUGCCCGGCCCUGGGACGGGGCCAGGAGGGCUGUGGGAGCACCGGCCGUGUCCCAGAGCUGGCAGAGUGACCUUGCUGUGCUGGGACAUGGCUGGAGACAGAGGUGCCACAGGCCAGCAGGGUCAGAACCGUGGGGACCUCAGGGUCGGGGAGGGAUAACCCCGAUGUCCCAGCCCUGUGGAGAGCCCUCAGGGCUCAGGGGCCGUCCCAGGGGCUCCUGAUGUAGCAAGGUUUUGCUACCAACUAUGCAUUUCUUGAGCCAAAAGAUCAGCAGUGUUUGGGCCUGGGAGAAAAAUGCUUCCUGUUUCCCCCCCACCCUUUCCCUUUUUUUGUAAGGGACUCUUCAGAAAACUUUCCUGGUAGUUGUUUGUGGUUCUUUUCUUGGUGUUGGUUAGUCCAAUUUUUUCUUUUUUUUUUUUUUUUAAUUAUCUUUCCAAGAGAAAUGUCUUCCGGGGCAAUGUGGGACUGGGGAAGUUGUGCCGAGUUGGGGGGGUCCCCAGCCCCUUGGAAAAGACAGACCCCUCCCACCCCGGGCACGGAUGUGCCUUGAGAGCUUCUCAUCCGUGGAUUUAAGAUCCAGCAUCUGCCAAUGUGGGUGCCCGGGGACGCUUCUGCACAAGCAAUAAAAACCCUCCGGGGCCAGGCUCUGAGGAGGUGUCAGCAAGAAAAAAAAGGGGGGGAAAAGGCAAAAUAAGGCAAAGAUUGUUAAAAUCAGGAAGAGAAACCCUAGGGCGAUGCAAGGCUGCCCCCCCACCCCGCCUCUGCAUCCGCCCGAGUGGGGUAGGGAUUCCUGCGGGUUCAAAAGGCACUUUUGGGUUCGUUUUCUUUGAGUUGCAAAGUCGAAAUCUGCAGGAGAGCAGGACCUGGCUCAUCCUAUGCAGGGAGGCUCUACAGCCCAGGAAAGAAGAGAAGAGAAAAGCUGGGAACGAGCAGUCCAGGAGAACGACCUGGCUGACACCUCCAUCCCAGAUCCUGCAUCCUCCAGCACUGAGGACCACGGGUCAAUGUCCCUGGGGCUGCUCCCUGCUGCCACAGGGGUGGUUCCUGCCUUCCCAUCCCAGCCCUUCCCAGGCUUUGCCCUGGCUCGGCCUCAGAGUGUGGAUUUUUGUGUGUGGGAGAAGGAAUGAAGCUGGAAAGGAGGAGCCUGGAUGUGACCUGGAGGAUCCAGGGAGUUCAUUGCUUCCUCCUCCUCUUUCUCCUCCGGUGUGCACCCUGGGGGUUGCUGCAGGUCCCACCUCUGUCCCCAUUCCUGCAGGGAUGUUUCCCACCUGGAUGUCCCUUCUCCAGCCAGUGGUGGUCAGGCUGGGAGCUGGAGGGGACAGGUGCCCAUCUCCUGACGGGCAUCCCAGAGUGGCACCAGAGCAUCCAAGGGGUUGGGAGCUUUGUGGGGCACAAGUGGCUGCUCAGAAAAACCCCCCAACCCUGUUCUGCUCUCACAGGGUGCCCCCCAGCCAUCCAUCAUCCAUCCAUCAUCCAUCCAUCCAUCCAUCCAUCCAUCCAUCCAUCCAUCCAUCCAUCCAUCCAUCCAUCCAUCCAUCAUCCAUCAUCCAUCCAUCCUUCCUUCCCUGCCGUGGGUCCGGCUGUCCCCGUGGCCCCGCAUGCCCGGUGCCCCUCGCCCCUGAGCCGUGCAUGCCGUGUCCUACCAGGGUCCUGUUUGGUGUCUGGGGUUUUUUUAACCGUGGGAGGGGGGUGGGAGGGGGUCGGGCGUGGACCCUCACAGUGGGAGCAAAGGGCAGUGCAGACCUGGCACAGUUUUCUAUGUAAUGAGCAUGUGAGAUGUAUUUGUGAGCAAAACAAAAAAGGGAAAAAAAAAACCAACGAAAAAGGGACUUUUGUGGCUCAUUUGGGUUUUUCUCCCCCUUUUCUUCCUCAUGUUCCUCUAUAAGAAAAUGCAAAAUCAGUGGGCAAAGCAGGACCUGGAAAGGGCAGGAGCACCAGAAUUCACACCCUUGAGCUCUGCAGACCUGCUGCAACCUGGGAAGUCCCUGGAAUUCCAGCAGACCUCUCCCCCUUCCCAGGGCUCUGCUGGGAUUUGCAGCCCCUGAGCCUCUCACCACCAUCAGUCCCACAAACCACACAUAAACAAUGUGAAACCACCUCCCAGAGGGUACCAAAGUCCAUAUUAAUAACUAAUAAAUGAUUAAUGCACGUGUGCUAAC